ACCGCUGUGACGUAGUCCUGCGGGCGGUCCCUGAUGCUGCGGCGCCCGCUGGUCGGGCUGGCAGUGGCCGCCCUGGCUCGCGUCCCUGCGGACGGCAUGGCAGGACCUAGGCCAGUGGUGCUGAGUGGGCCGUCAGGAGCAGGGAAGAGCACCCUGCUCAAGAAGUUGUUCCAGGAACAUGGCAGCAUCUUUGGCUUCAGUGUGUCCCAUACUACAAGGAAUCCACGACCUGGUGAGGAAAAUGGCAAAGAUUACUACUUUGUGACCAGGGAGAUGAUGCAGCGUGAUAUUGCAGCAGGGGACUUCAUUGAGCAUGCUGAGUUCUCGGGGAACCUGUAUGGGACAAGCAAGGCAGCUGUUCGGGCUGUGCAGGCCAUGAACCGCAUCUGCGUGCUAGACAUUGACCUACAGGGUGUGCGCAACAUCAAGAAGACUGAUCUGCAUCCCAUCUACAUCUCUGUGCAGCCCCCCUCUCUGGCUGUGCUGGAGCAGCGACUGCGGCUGCGCAACACUGAGACUGAGGAGAGCUUGGCAAAGCGGCUGGCAGCUGCACAGGCUGACAUGGAGAGCAGCAAGGAGCCUGGCUUGUUUGACCUGGUGAUCAUCAAUGACAACUUGGAUAAAGCCUAUGCAACAUUGAAGCAGGCACUGUCUGAGGAAAUCAAGAAAGCUCAGGGAACUGGCCAUGCCUGAGGGUCUGCUUCAUUCCACAGAGUGAUGCCUGUGCCCCAAAUAUAUCUGGGUUAUGAGGUGGGGUGGUCUUUGCCAGGGCAGCAAGGACUUGUAUAGACUUCUACUGUGGAGUAGGAGGAGCUGCCCCUUGUCUGGCCACAUGGUGGCUCUUCACCCUGUGCUGGCUUGCUGAGGCUGAAGGACUCGGAAAUGUACUCACUUCUAUUCUCCCUGAGCUGUCCCUGUCCCUCCUGCUGGAGCAGGACUGACAUCCUAAUAAAGGCCAUCCACUCUGGGCCUAUGA